GUCUCCAAGAAACUCACAAGAAAACAUAGAGAACCUACCUGCUGUUUUCUAAGUUGUGUGGAACACAACACCUGAAACACUGUUAUCUUACUCCAUUACUCCCUAUAAAAGCCACCCAUUUUGAGUUUAUACAACACAUAAGUUAGAGUCACAAACAAUUAUUUUCUCCAAGAUUCAAACAUUUCAAAUUAUUGAAGAUGAAAAUUGGAGAAAUAUGGACAAACCUAGGAUCAAUCACGGCUAGCAUAAUGUUUGUAUAUGCCAUGUUUGAUAAAUUCUUCCCACCUCAUCUUCGUAGAUAUUUUCUAAAAUACACAAACAAAUUCACAAGCCUUUUGUACCCUUAUAUCCAAAUAACUUUCCAUGAAUUAUCUGGUGAUCAUCUUAAACGUAGCCAAACCUACAAAACCAUCCAAACAUAUCUCAGCGCGAACUCGUCACAAAGUGCUAGAAGACUUAAAGCUGAAGUUAUCCAAGAUAGCCAAAAUCCAUUAGUCCUAAGCAUGGAUGAUAACCAAGAGAUCAUCGAUGAGUUCAAUGGAAUCAAAGUUUGGUGGUCUGCAAAUCACACCAUUUCAAAAUCACAAUCAUUUUCAUUUUACCCUACUUCGGAUGAGAAGAGAUUCUUAACAUUAACCUUCCACAAAAGAAAUCGGGAUGUUAUAACUACGUCGUAUAUUCAACAUGUGUUGGCAGAAGGAAAGGCGAUUACAACGGAGAAUAGGCAGUUAAAGCUUUACACCAACAAUCCAAGCAAGGAAUGGAUGAGGUAUAUGAGUACAAAGUGGAGUCAUACAACUUUUGAGCACCCUGCGAGAUUUGAAACACUUGCUAUGGAGCCGGAGAAGAAAGAAGAGAUUAUAAAUGAUCUUCUUAAGUUCAAAGAAGGGAAGGAGUACUAUACUAAAGUUGGAAAGGCUUGGAAGCGUGGUUAUUUACUUUUCGGUCCUCCGGGGACUGGAAAAUCUACCAUGAUAUCUGCUAUUGCUAAUUUCAUGAACUAUGAUGUGUAUGAUCUUGAGUUAACAGUUGUUAAGGAUAACAAUGAGUUGAAAAGGCUUUUAAUUGAGACGUCGAACAAAUCAAUUAUAGUGAUUGAAGAUAUUGAUUGUUCUUUGGAUCUUACUGGCCAAAGGAAGAUGAAAAAAGAGAAAGAUGAUGAUGAGAAUGAAGAAAAAAAGAAACUUGUAGAAAAAGCUAAAGGAGAAGAGAAAAAUGAAAGUAAGUUAACUCUUUCGGGUUUGUUGAAUUUUAUUGAUGGAAUUUGGUCGGCCUGUGGAGGGGAGAGGAUCAUAAUAUUUACGACGAAUUUUGUGGAUAAACUUGAUCCUGCUCUCAUUAGGAGGGGAAGGAUGGAUAAGCACAUAGAGAUGUCAUAUUGUGGAUAUGAAGCUUUCAAGGUUCUUGCAAGGAAUUACUUAGAUGUUGAAUCUCAUGAUGAGUUGUUUCCGGUUAUUGGAAAGUUGUUGGGAGAGACUAAUAUGACACCUGCUGAUGUUGCUGAGAAUUUGAUGCCAAAGUCUAUUACUCAAAACUUUGAAACUUGUUUGAAGAAGUUGAUUCAAUCUCUUGAGGAAGCAAAGAAAAAGGUAGUGGAGGAGGAAGCAAAGAAAAAGGUAGAGGAGGAGGAGGAGGAAGCAAAGAAAAAAGCUGAGGAAGAGGAAGCAAGAGUUAAGGAAGAGAAAGAAAAACAAGUAAUUGCUCAAGAGGAAGAAAAUGUGAAGGCUAAUGAAAAUUCUAAGGAGAAUGGUUUCAAAGAUUAACUUAGUUUAGAUUAAUUUCAGUAAUAUUAAUUAUGUUUAGGAACUUUGUAAAAAAAACUUAGGUGUGUAAUGUGUAUUAUGAUGAUGUUCAUAUUAGUUGCUAUUGAAUAAAUGACUGUGAGGUCAGGUUUAGUGUUUGGCUUGCUUAGGGAGUUUAGUAUGGAUUGUUUAGCACAUGUUAGGUUGGGGGCACAUCACAUCGAAGGUGAGGAAAGAUUUUAAUGGACUAAAUAAACUAAAAUAAAAUAAUGAUAUGUUCGUGCUA